AGACAAGAUUCAUAUACCAUCGAUCUCUCUCUGUUUUCUGUGCUCUCAAAAUGGCCUCAGAGAUGCCCUCCAACGUCGCCGCUUGGCUCGUCGCCGAAAAGGCCAAUCCCCUCGAGAUCAAACCAUCCGAGUUCGCGCUUCCUGCUGCGGACGAAAUUGUCAUAAAGAACAGCGCUGUGGCUAUCAACCCGAUCGACUGGAAGUUGCAGACCAUGGCCCGCUUCCCGCUCCAGUACCCCGCCGUGCUUGGGGAAGACGUGGCAGGCGAGGUUGUCGCUGUAGGCCAGAAUGCAGCCUCGCGGUUUCGCAAGGGCGAUCGCGUGGCUGGCUUUGCGCUUGGGUUCACCACUCCGCGCGCCUGCGAUGGUGGCUAUCAGCAGUACUCGGUCGUGUUGGCGCGGCUAGCAUCGCAUAUCCCGGAGAAUCUCUCGUUUGAACACGCUGCCGCGAUUCCGCUGGCAACGGCGACAGCGGCAGCUGGUCUGUUCCAGAAGAAUUACCUCGCUCUACACCCGCCAUCUAUGAAUCCGACCCCGACCGGCCAGACGCUGCUGGUCUGGGGCGGUGCCUCGAGCGUUGGCAGCAGCGCGGUGCAGCUGGCCGUCGCUGCAGGCUAUGAAGUGUUCACGACUGCCUCGCCGCGCAACUUCGAGCGUGUCAAAGCGCUAGGUGUCGCUCAGGUUUUCGACUACGCCGCUGAUGACGUUGUCAAGCAAAUUGUCACUGCGUUAGCCGGGAAGAAGCUGGCAGGAGUUCUUGAUGUGAUCAACAAGCAGGGAGAUGCCAUAUCCAAGUGUGUCGAGGUGGUGCGCCAGACACCUGAGGCUCGCCAGGUGAUCUCAACGGUUGGGCCUAUCCUACCGAAGCUAGAAGGCAUCGAAACGAUCGGCAUCUUCGCCAGCACGAUCAAGGACAACGAGGUGUCACGAGUGAUCUAUGAGGACUUUCUACCAGCGGCACUAAAAGGUGGACAGUACAAGGCUGCGGUUGACAUUCGGGUUGUGGGACACGGACUGGAGAGUAUUCAGACUGCGCUGGACGAGUAUGCAAAGGGGGUGUCUGCUACCAAGUUGGUGGUAACUCUGUGAUAAAGUAGCCUAUCCAGAUCAAGUUAUUAGAACCAUACAAAUAGACAGGAUAUUUUUUCUAAUCAAUCUCACUCUGAA